CGACCCAUAAUCACCUCUCACGGGCUUUUUUUUUUUUUUUUUUUUUUUUUUUUUUUACCGAGACAUCUCAUUGGAUGCGAACACGCGACCAGCGCGAGGAGGGGGGCUUCCAGACGCGUGCCGCUUUUUAAACAGACGCAGCGCCUUGAGACACCAGAGAAGGAGUCCCGCACGCGACCCAAACGCCUCACACACAUACACGCACACACAACCGGUGCAACGGCAGCGCGACUGUGCAUUCCUGCAGGGACGUUUCCUAAUAUAGUUAUAGGGAAGAAAAGUUUUUUGAGGUUUUUUUUUGGUAUUUAUUUAUUUAUUUUCUCAAAUUGGGAAACAUGGAUAUAUUAACGGUGGAGGAGUGGGGUAAAGGCGCGCGGGAGGUUGCAACCCUGGAUGUGCUGCAGCUGGACGCCGGGGUGGUGAAGAGGGGAGGGAAGCAGCAGCUCGAGGCGUCCCGCUACGACCCGGGACUUACGCUCGUGGACGGCGGCAGAGACCCACGCGCUUGGCUAGGCGACGCUUCAGGCACCUGCGCGGCACACGCCACCUCACCCGACAACCUGCGGCACUCGCCGUGCCCAAGCACCGGUUCUUACCAAGAGAGUUGUUCCCCCGGGUCCUCGGGUCAUCCCAGCCCUCCCAUUCACAGACGAUCUGCCAAGAGUCCCUCCUCUUCCUCCCUCAAAGUCAGGGACCUGUGUCGCCUCAAAGGCACCAUCACAGGGCCCCAAGAAGAGGCCCCCGCGAGGCAGAGAGCCCCGUCCAGCAAGCCCGUCAAUGGCGUCCAGAGGCAGAGGCGCGUGGCCGCCAACGCGCGCGAGAGGAGGCGCAUGCACGGGCUCAACCACGCGUUCGACGAGCUGCGCAGCGUCAUCCCGGCGUUCGACAACGACAAAAAACUCUCCAAAUACGAAACUCUGCAGAUGGCGCAGAUAUACAUCAACGCGUUGGCCGAUUUGCUCCAAGGUCCGGCGUCCUCCAGCAACAAUGAAAACUCGGGCGGUUCACCAAAGCGCGACAUUUUGCUACCAUCGCCCUCAAAUGGUUUUGAAGGGGCAAAGGACAGGGUUGCCCAGUCUUCGGUUACCUGCAGGACAGCGGCGGCUCUGCCCCUCUCCGGGGAUACCAUACCUGUUCACGUCAGCGGGAUGCCAUUGCGCUCUACAUUCCAAGAGAAUUCCUUCGCUGGUAGAGUUGAAGACGCAAUGUGUUCUCCCUCGUCCUCGCUUGUUGGGAACGGGAGGAAAGGGUCUCCACGAAGCGACGGUGAGUUUUCCCCGCGCUCCCACUUCAGUGACUCGGAUGAAAUGGCGAUGGAGCUCCACUCAAGUGAAGAAGACGAUCUGUCAGAACUCAAGCUGCCCAGCCACCGUCAUCCCGCCGUGUCAUUCUAAAUAAAUUAUGGAUAAAUAGACUAUAUAUAUUAAAAAGAAAUAGAUCACAGCAACAUUUAUCAAAUUUCAGUAAACCGUGUCAAUCGAAUGCCUUGGAUUUAUAUGAUGGAAAAAUAUGUUUGUUUGUUCUUUUUUUUUCAUUUUGUAAAUUAAAAUAAAGUGGUUCCGAUUUCUUUAACAGCUGUGUCAUUAUUAGUUUAGGUGAGAAAGACAUGAUUCGAUUCUGCCAAUAUACAUAUAUAGAUGGAAUUCCAAUGCAUCCAACAAAUUCAAGGUUCCAUAGUGACGUGGGUGGACGAUCCCUCUGCCAUGUCGCGCACAGCACCGCCAUGGGCAUUUCCCACGUCCCACCAACCAAAACUCUUGUCUUCCUAAAAAGCCGAACUUUACGCAUUACGCUUUUGAUGUAUUGGAUUGUGUAAGAUUGGUUUCUAAAAAUGAUUUAAAAAUGAUCUUGAUUUCUGAUUCAGCUGAUGAUUUAUUGUAAUGUGUAUUUUAUUUUGCAACUUCUAAAGUUUAUAACGUGCACUUUAAAUAUUCGGGCCAGAGGCUUCAGAAAUGUCAGAAAUGCGUUUGUUUGUUUUUUUGUUCCCCCAAACCUUCAGAGAAUACAGCUGUGCUUUGUUUGCUAGUGUAGUACUGCCAACCUCAUACAAAUGUAGCCUAUUUAAUCUAGCCAUCAUCACUGCCUUUUUAAAAGCAAUUUUCUUUUUUUAUCAACAAAAGUUUGUUUUUACUGUUUCUUUCACCGGCUGAGAUUUAAUGAUGAUGAAGUUUUUGAUGUUUAGCCUAUUUAUUGCUCAAAUGCUUCUUACUUUUUGCUUUUUGUAACUACAGUUCUUAUCGAUGGGUAAGAAAAAUAAAGCAGUUGUUAUGCCAUUCUUUGUUAUUUUUAUUUGACUUUGAAA